CGUCACGGACAGGGUCCCGCCCUGCAGCCCCGCCCCAGCCCCGCCGGCGGGGACCGCGGAGCCGUGUCUGCAGGCCGGCGGGCGGCUCGCGCCGCGGAGGAGAGGUGUUAUCUGCUCUUCAUGCUGUGGAUUCUCCAGCUCCCUGUGCCAUUCCCCUGUUGCUGUGAUGUUGUAAACUCAUCAAAGGGAUCAGCAGCUCUUGAGGUGUUAGAAGUUUCUCCAGCCAAGUUGCUUCUCACUAGGGAUGGUGGAGUUGGAUGGAGACUCCUUCAGUCCUCCUCCAGGAUGAACCAUCUUCCAGAACACAUGGAGAACACUCUGACGGGGAGCCAGAGCUCACACGCUUCUCUGCGAGACAUCCAUUCCAUCAACCCUGCGCAGCUCAUGGCCAGGAUUGAGUCCUAUGAAGGAAGGGAAAAGAAAGGCAUUUCUGAUGUCAGGAGGACUUUUUGUCUCUUUGUCACCUUUGACCUCUUAUUUGUAACGUUACUGUGGAUAAUAGAGUUAAAUGUGAACGGAGGCAUCGAGAACACCCUGAAGAAGGAAGUGAUUCACUAUGACUACUACUCCUCUUACUUUGAUAUAUUUCUUUUGGCAGUUUUUCGAUUCAAAGUGCUGAUACUUGGGUAUGCUGUAUGCAGAUUGCGCCAUUGGUGGGCAAUAGCGUUAACAACAGCAGUGACCAGUGCCUUUCUAUUAGCAAAAGUGAUCCUCUCAAAGCUUUUCUCUCAAGGGGCAUUUGGCUAUGUAUUGCCCAUCAUUUCAUUCAUCCUUGCCUGGAUUGAGACGUGGUUCCUGGAUUUCAAAGUGUUACCUCAAGAGGCAGAAGAAGAAAACAGACUCCUGCUCGUUCAGGAUGCGUCCGAGAGGGCGGCUCUCAUCCCUGCAGGGCUCUCUGAUGGUCAGUUUUACUCCCCUCCUGAGUCUGAAGCAGGAAGGAACAGCUCGGCAUUUAGAAUGGGAAUACAGAAAUCAUCACAGCCCAGUGGAGGUGCGGCUGGAACUAGAGCCCGCUUUGUUCCCAAAGCUUCCAGUUGCAGAGAAGGAAGGCCUGGGCUACCCAUGUGGCUGCAGUGACGAUGCUGACUGAGCAGAAAUGAACUAAGUGGCAUGCUUAGGUGGGGCAGUUCUUUACCCCCACUGGGAGUCUGGUUUGAAAUGCAGGCUAGUUUGGGACUGAAGAUGUGUAGUAUUGAGUGCAGCACUUGUCUGGCCUCGGUUUGAUCCCGGGCCAGUGGACAGGUGGAUGAAUAGAUGAGUACCUCAAACUGUAUAAUACUAACUUAUUGUGGGCAAGUCAAAAUAAAGGUGCUAAGAUUCCAAGAGCUGUCAUGCCCCUGCUUUGCCUCAUUCCUUCAUCCCUCAGAAGGGUUCUCAAUUAGGUGGUCACCCUUUGUGUAGAGAAUAUUUAAAGCAUUAAAAACCCAUUCCCGGGGUUAUUAAUUAAUGUAUGUUUUAAGCUCUAUGAAAGUAUAUAAAUUUACAUACUACAAAUAAAUACAUCUAUUGUGAAUGAUAGUUAAAUGAACUAGUUUUACCCCAUCAAGCUUUCCAGGGUGACAAUUCAUCUGUGAUGUCUACCACCUAGUGGUCAUUUGGGGAAUUGCCACUGAGUUUUGGCUAGUUUUUUAGGUUGUCUUAUAACAGUAAACUGUUCGCGCAUGGUUGCACUUAGCCCCUGUGCCUGUACAGUCAUGCUGAGGUCACUAUUGCUGUGCUUCCUAUCGUGAUGCCGUGUCCCCUGGACAUACACUAGUAACAGUCAUGCCAUGUGGUUUCUGCAUUCAGCUGCUCUUUCUGCAGGCAUCAGUGCCUGUUUUUGCACAGUGUGACGCUGCACCACUUGUCAGUCGCUGGCACUUUGGACUGCAAUUUGGGCUGUUAAUAAGUAAUUGAGCCAGGAACAGCCACUUACGUGUUUGAACAUUUAUUAACUUUCAUGAGUGGAAGCUGCUCAUCGAAGCCCUCUCCUCCGCACAUACUUCAGGCCGUGAAUGUUGGCUUUAUCCUUACAAGUCCUUGCUGUUGUACACGUCUGCUUUUGGUAGGCUAACAGAACUACAGAGGUGCUCGCUGUCUUUAACUUACAAGUCUCUACAUGCUGACAUCUCUUCCACAUCCCCGCUCCACAUCUCUUAGGUCUUUUCACUUUAUAUUUACUUCACAUUUCAAUUAAGUUCUGUAAUAAUUCCACACAUUUUUUUUUUUUAAAGAUUUAUUUAUUAUAUGUAAGUACACUGUAGCUGUCUUCAGACACUCCAGAAGAGGGAGUCAGAUCUCAUUACGGGUGGUUGUGAGCCACCAUGUGGUUGCUGGGAUUUGAACUCUGGACCUUCGGAAGAGCAGUCGGGUGCUCUUACCCACUGAGCCAUCUCACCAGCCCCUCCACACAUUUAUAUAACACAGUCUGAUCACACUCCACCCCACCCCUCCCACUCUAGUGAACCCCUUCUCCUCUCUGCAGAGCCCCCUCAUUCUCAUGCCUUCUCGUUUGGUUUGUUAUCUACUGGAUUUAACCAGAGUCCUGUGAGCAUAGGUGACACUGUUGACUGGAGCCUGGGGAACCCACCAAUGACUGCACUACCCCUCCCCCAAGGCCCACCAGAUUCAGUAACCCCCGCCCCCCGGGGAGAAGCAGGGCCCCCAUGACCACUCAAACCUCAUUCAUGAUUAGUUAUUGAUCUUCCCAGUCUUGUGUAGGCAGCUACAGCUUUUGCAAGUUUAUUAUUGACUAUCCAGAUCAUGCCCAUCAGAUAGUGAGUGGUUGGCACCGUCUUCCCUGUCGCGGUCCUGCGUGGUCUCUGAGCCUUGGAGGAGAUGCAGAUACCCUCGUUAGGACUGAGCACAACACUCAUACUCUCAGCACUCCAGCAGCUAGGAGAUUCUGCAGUUACCUCAGUCAGUCUUCGAAGCCCACUUCAGGUGGUGCCUGCCUGUGGGCUUCUUGGGUGUUGUGUCUUAAUGUCAAUUAAGCGUAGCUUAUGAGUCUAGUCUGAUGAUGAUAGUUAUUAGCAGUCAUAGCUAAGAUCUCUCAACCUUCACUCUGGGUCAUAAAGAAAUUUGCCUGUGGAUUUUAUCUAGAAGUUUCGAUCAAAAUUAGGGUAUUUUUGGUUGGAUGGUUUUGCAUUUUUUAGGAUUAUGCUAUAUUUUAAUUACUUUUCAUAUAUAAAAGAAACACAAGACUACAUGCACAUUCUUUUGAUGUCAGCUAUCUCUGUCCAUUUGUCUAUGAAACAGUUAUCAAAACAGUGACUCCCCCACUGACCCACUUGACAUUUGCUGAGAGUGCCAAGCCAGUGGUUUCUCCGACUCCCUUUGGAUUGCAGUUAGCAUAAUCUUUUCCUUCUUUGUAAAAACGUCACUUAUUUUACUUAUUUACUUAUUUAUUUAUUUAUUUUACUUACUUUCCUGCAGUCCUUUCUUAGGGUCUGAUGCAGGCCUUUACAGCUCUAGGUUCUUCUAGACCUUGCUUUACUGGUACGCGUGUAUUCUGACCUGCUGUAGUGUUUCCUGAUGAUUAUCAGCAGGUUGGUGAUGUGGCCCUCUGCGGAGAUCUGUAUUCACAUUUCUUCAGCUGUUAGGUAUAUGGGUUAAUGGCUCUCAACAGCCCCAGGAACAUUUGGCUAGUAUCCUUCAAAUGUCUUCCGGAUCCCCAACCUCCCCAUGCACAUUUCCGUUUCCUUGGCAUGAGGUGGCCAGCAUCUGUCUCUGCACAGUGCCCUCUGCUGUGCAGUCUGCAUGCUAUCAGUCACUCCCUAGUGAGCGAGCUCUUUCUGCUGCCCGGCUUGCCUUCCAGAUCCCCUCACAGCCACUCCUGACUGCUCUCCCACUCCAGGACUUGUGUUUCAGUCUCUGCGCAUUCAUGUUACCCCAUCUUGACAAUCUCUGUCUAUCUUUUUCCUCUUGCCUGUCUUUACUUUUUAAAUUGAUUGUAUCCUUUGAGUGUAUUUAUUAUUACUGCUUUAGUGAUUUCCUGGUUAAAUAUAGUACUUGCAGGCACACAGAUGGUUGGUUUUUGACUCUCCUUUUAUCUCUCUCAGGAUGAUCAUUAGCCCAUUGUGUUAUAUUCCUUUAAAUAAUGUGUCCUAUAAUUUCUGCUACAUUUUGUUGAAUGUGAAGCAGUUCUGAAUUUUUUUCUCUCAAAAAGGCACUGUUUACUUAGUAAACUAACCACAAAGUACACUGCAUAUAGACCAAAGCUACUUCUCUUUUCUGUUGUUGGUGCUCCUCCUCCUCCUCCUCCUCUUCUUCUUCUUCUCCUUCUCCUUCUCCUUCUCCUCUUUCUCCUUCUUCUUCUCCUUCUUCUCCUUCUCCUCCUCUUCCUCCUCUUCUUCCUCUUCCUCCUCUUGCUCCUCUCCCUCCUCCUUCUUCUCCUCCUUCUUCUCCUUCUCCUUCUUUUUCUUCUUCUCAAAAAACUUGAUUUUUAAACUUUACUAAGUUUUAAGAAAGUUUGUAUUCCCAGAAGACUUCCUGUAUGUGUGGAAAUCCUCCCCCAACCCCAGGUCCCUGUGCACAUUCCCAGCACAUCUGCCUGCAGCUUCCUGUCCUCUUUUAACUUAGCUAAUCCACUAAGUGCAAUCAGUGCUGCAUGGAUGUUGCAGGGUGGAGUAAUCCAUCAGGGCUUGGACAGCCCACCAGUGGCCACCCCCUAAAAGAAAAGCUGCCAAAGCUCCUUAACCAGGAUGGGCCCUUAGGUGCCCUCCACCUUCCACACUGGGAUGUUAACCUCCUUGAUCUUGGGCAGCUAUGUAACCACAGCUGCUCUGUGUUCAUGUGUUUGAAACGUCAUGCCCAGUGGACAGAAUUUUGUAGCAUUCCUCCACAUCCUCUGGCUCUUUCAUUCUUUUUUUUUCUUUAUUUUUUCAUGUUUCAAUGAAGCUUUAUUUAUAAACAAAAGUGAUAGGUCAGAUUUGGCCUGGGGGCCACAAUUAUAAGCAAUUAUUAUGUUAGAGGGAACCCUGGAUAAUAAUCACAUCUGCAACAUGAAACAGAAGCUGCUGGCCAGACACACAGCAUAAAGAAGUAGGCAGAACAAAAAAUUAAUGCAGAUGACUGAAAAGAAACUUGAUUUUUCCAUUUUGGCUACCUCUGCUUCUGUCCACUUAUAAUUUGCUUAGAAAGGGGAAACCGACGGAAACCCUCUCCAGUAACAACAGUGAGAUUAACUGCAGGAUCCCGUGAAGCGGUGUUGGCUACCGUGACAUUUCUGGAACAACUUUGGCUCUUUCAUUCUUGCUUUGCCUUUUAAGCCUCACUUCCCAGAAGUCUCUGAACUCUGCCAUGCUUAGUGGCAUGCAGUGACAGAAGUCAUGGUCAAGCUCCAGACUAAGGCCUCUCUCCUCUGCCACAUGGCAAAUGGAACUUUGUGUAAAGACCCAAGACAGAAAUGACCAGCCAUUCAUGCCAGUCGGCCAGCCGGUACACACUGAACCUCAGAGCAGCGGGAAUGCUCAGCCUGGACAGUCUGCUGAGACACUCUUCUUGAAAGGACGUAGUGAGCCCACCAGAGUCUCCAUCCAAUUCAGCAGCAGUGUGGUGGGAUGGAAGAGAAGCCUGCGCACUCUUUGCUUACCUAGCGACCCCACAUUCCCUUGGCAUGGUUAAAGUUUGUGCAGUUAACACACGGGGCACAACCUGAAGACUCCGCCAUCCCUUCCCUGUGCUUGUUCUCGGCUUUAUAAGACAAGUGUGCACUGGGGAGCACAUUGUCCCCCCGUCUCUGCAGCCCAUGAGGUGGCCAUCCGUGUCUUGUCUUCUCACUCUCCUGAAAUCCUUCCCUGACCGUGACAAUGCUGUAUACUUACACUAAAAUGUGCAACGAUGACCUGCCCAUCAAACAGGGGAGUUUUCUUCUAGUUGUGUGUGUGUAUAAAAUUUCACAACAUGGUGCCUGUACUUGCUAUAGUAAAAGCAAGAUUCUGUUUAUGAAGUUAUGAGUUAAAAAUUAGUUUCCUUCUUUUUUGUGGACAUUUUGAAAAUUUCAAAGAUAUGUAAGGGUUAUUAUGUUAUAUGAUUAUUUUCUAUUAUUUCUCUAUAUACAUACACACACACACACACACUCUCUCACACACAUGUGCAUAUAUAUAUUUGGGUUUUUAAUUUUGUCAUAUGUAAGCUUAGACUGUGCAAACUUUUUAUUUAACUAUUUGGUUUGAAUUUGCUUUUGCAAUAAUUUCCAUGUUACUAUAAAUUAUAUAUAAAUUAAUUUUAAGUGAGUGCAAGUUAUUUCACAGAAAUUUAACUCAAAGAAUAUAACUCAGACUGGUAGUUUAGCUCUGAUUUCUGAUCUUUAGAGGAAAAGUCCUGAUAAUAAUUAGUAUUUUUUUGUUUAGUAAGGAUACAAAGGAAGGAAUUUCAGAACUAGACAGCUUGCUCAAUUGUAGUAAAACCUAAAGCUGGAAAUCUCUCCAGAGAGCUGGUCCCUGGGGCACCUGACCACCUGGCAGCACCUUCCUUUAGCAUUGGGAAUCAUUACUGUGGGGCUGGAGAGGUGGCUCAGUGGUUAAACGCACUGACGGCUCUUCCAGAGGUCCUGAGUUCAAUUCUCAGCAACCAUAUGGUGGCUCACAACCAUCUGUAAUGGGAUCUGAUGCCCUCUUCUGGUGUGUCUGAAGAGAGCAAUGGUGUACUCAGAUACAUAAACUAAAUCAAUCUUGAAAAAAAAAAGGAAUCAUUACUAUGCCUAGUUCAACCUGUGCCAUGGUUUCAAAAACAUCUAGAUUAAAUAUAGUGUAUACUUAAGAAUAUAUACACAGUGGGGCUAGAGAGAUGCUUCAGUGGCUAAGAACAUUGGCAUUCCAGAUUAUUGGAUUCAAUUCCCAGCACCCAUAUAAGAGCUCACUAUCGUCCGUAUCUCCAGUCUGGAGACCUAUGUUCAAGAAUGUAUGUAUUUCACAGUCGUAUGCAGACAGAACACAUAUACAUAUAUUUAAAAAGCUUAAAACACACCAACAAGGCUUAACAAGGAGGGAGCUGAAGUCUAGGAAGCGAUAAUUGUUGUUAUGUGAAUGCCUUUGACUAGUGAGUGAGUGAGUCCGUUCACCAGCCUAGUCCAAGGUAGACGCGGUGUUUGAAUUCUCUCCUGCAGAGUCCAAGGUCACUUUAAAUGAGUCUAGUAAUCUGUUUCUUUUUGAUAUCUACAUUAUACUUUACGUCUGCAUUUCAGUGAAGACGUUUGCAGCAUUAACUCA